AUGACCGACCAUCAUGGCGGCGCCCAUGAGGCUGUGCCGGGGCCUGGGGUUGCGCCCGCGGUUAAUGCGCCGGGGCUUCCGCUGCUGUUCUCGAGGGCGCGGAGCGGCCGCCCGGCGGCGGCAGCAGCUGCUGGGAGAAGCCGGCUGUACGAGCACGCGCGGGGCGGCUGGACGGCGCGCCCGCAGCUGAACUUGGAGGCGCUGAGCGCGCAGCUGGGCGAGGCCGAGCGGGAGCUGGAGACGCGCAAGGGGCCUCUCGGGCCGGACCUGCGCGAGAUUGUUGCCACUUGGCAGAGAUUAGUCGAGGUGCAAGAAGAAAUUGCAGUACUUGAAGCUGAGAAAGAGAAGGUGGCUGAAGAAGUGGGGAAUAUUGUGAAAAGCCAAGACAGAAGUACUUUGCAGUCGCACCCUGCCUACAAUGCGUUGCGGAAGCAGGGAAGGGACCUCCGCCUUCGCCUCAAUGCUUUGCGCCAGCAGGAGCUGGAGCUGGAUGAGAAAUACUACCUGCGCGCCCUCAGGCUGCCCAACAGGACCCAUCCAGAUGUGCCAAUUGGAGAUGAGAGCCAAGCGCGGGUGUUGGAGGUAGUUGGUGAAAAGCCAGCAUUUGACUUCAAGGUGAAAGGGCACCUGGAAAUUGGGGAAGACCUGGAUAUCAUAAGGCAAAGGCGCCUGUCUCACAUCUCGGGCUACCCCUUCUACCUCCGUGGGGCAGGAGCAAUGUUGCAGCAAGCCUUGGUGCAGUUCACUUACAACAAGCUGGUGAAAAAGGGCUUUAUCCCCAUGACUGUUCCAGAUCUGCUGAAAGGAGCUGUCUUUGAAGGUUGUGGCAUGCCCCCAGAAGCCAGCUCGUCUCUGCUGUACAACAUAGACCCUUCUCGCUUCGAAGACCUAAGCCUGGCAGGCACGUCCGAGGUUGGCAUUGCAGGGUACUUCAUGGAUCAUGCGGUGAAUCUGAAAGACACCCCCGUCAGAACAGCGUGUGUCAGCACGUGCUACAGGGCGGAAACAGAAACUCGCCAUGAGUCGUGGGGACUGUAUCGAGUGCACCAGUUCACCAAGGUGGAAAUGUUUGGGGUCACUGCCAACGAGACGGGGUUCGAAAGCGAGGCCCUGCUGGACGAAUUCCUGGCCGUGCAGAAGGAGAUCUUCUCUGAGCUGGGUCUGCACUACAAGGUCCUGGAUAUGCCCACACAGGAACUGGGCCUACCUGCAUACAGGAAAUUCGACAUUGAGGCCUGGAUGCCCGGCCGGGACAAGUAUGGAGAGAUCUCCAGCGCCUCCAACUGCACAGACUAUCAGAGCCGCCGGCUGAACAUCAUGUACUACAACCAGGAAGGCCGUCUGUCUUAUGCGCACACGGUCAACGGCACAGCCUGCGCUGUUCCCCGGAUGCUGAUUGCCCUCCUGGAAUCCAACCAGCUCAAGGAUGGCAGCGUUUGGGUACCAGAGGUCCUCCAGCCGCUGAUGGGCACAGAGAUCAUCUGCAAGCCCAGCUACACUCCAUUGAAAUAUAUCGGCCCAAACCAGCCCAAAAGACACUGAACACGACCCAAAUCCUGGGGUGCCUUGGAAAAUCUGAGAGGAUCAAGAAGUCCAGAGACCCAGGAGAGGAAGGAAGGAUGAGCGCUUGAAUAGUGACGCUGCCUAGUGGAUGGGGUGGGUGACUUUGGACUGGGGGGGGGGCUGAAAUGCCAGCGAGGUGACCUUUACCCCCAAUUGGGCACUGUGGAGAGAGAGAGAGCUCACCUCUUCAGGGUAGAGGGGAAUAUGAGCCGUCCUUCCCAAGGUGAUCUUCAUGGACCCAGAGCGCUUCCAGAACAGGCUGGCUGUGAAGUCCCAACAUGUGACUUGGGAUGGGAAUCCCUUGUGCCCUUCCCUGGAGAUAUUGCCAUUUUCCCAUCAGCCAGACUCCAGUUCGCAGCUUCCUCUCUUGUCUUAACCUCUAUUGUAUUUCGUUGGUGGGGAAGCGGGGUACAUUGAUCAGAACCGUCGACGGAACAGAGAAGACAUUCGCCCAAUAAAAAUCGCUAAUGAAAACGUC